AUGAGCGGGAUGGUCAGCUCAGUGAGCUCCGCCAGCGCCCAACAAACAAUCUCAACCAGCGGCAUCCCCCACUUUCAAGUGCGCUCACUUGUCUUCACAAGCAGCAGUCUCACUCCAGAGCAGGUCUUCAAGAAUCCAAUCAAGCCUCACAGCCCAUUGUAUCACGUCUGGCGGGACUCUGCCUGCCGAGAGCUAUGGCCCAUCCCACUCGAAUAUGUAGACGUCAAGAAUCUUACUUGCAAAUGGGAUAUGCUGGUUUUCUACUUUGCAGCCCGCAAGACCCUGACCAUCUGGCUAUCUUACUACAAGCACCACGGCUCCUGGCAGCCACUGGAUGUCUCAAAAACCUUCUGGGACUCACUGCAGGCCGCCCAAGACGAGCUUCAAGCCUGCACCAAAAGCUUCUCCCCCUCUGAUCCAGCCAAGAGCCGAGGCCCAGCAGCACCGGUCAAAUUCAUGGGCUACACCGGCUACGAGCUCCUCUCCAAAUCGGUUCCCCAUUACAACCUCCCCUGUCGGGCCUCAGCUGCCGUGCCCAACGCUCAGCUUGGCUUUUGGCCACCUGGACCGCCUCCGCACUCAAACCCCACCGCCAGCAGCCUACACCCGCCGGACAAUCUCCCCAUCCCCAUCAACUCUUCUCACUCUCUGUUGGCUUCGUCCACCGGACGGUCAACAGCCACUGAAAAACCAGCUAUUCUUACAACAUUGAUUGGAAGCAAGCCAUUAUUACCAGCAGCUCAGGUGGAGCUUGAAGGAGACCAAGCCAGAGAUCGCCAGCCCCAAACUGGAGUGACCCAAGCUGCUGAAAUCAACUAUCGAACUCAUCAGCCAGUUCUGCAACCCCAGAAAAACCAAUGUGCCAACGCGACCAUCACCCCGCCUGGAUUCCUCCACCCCGACUGGAGCCUCUUCAUUGCCCGCUUUAGACCACCACCCUCCAACCGGCCGCCCUUGGGCGCAUCCACGCCCACCCACUACCUUAACUUGAAGAGUCUUGAUUUCCUGCCCCGCUCAACCGUCAACGUGGUCGUGAUCGUGAUCCAGACAAACCAUCCCACCCACAACCCCUUGUUCAACAAGCUCGGCGCAGGGGACGGCAAGUAG